AGAAUAGUUGCGAUUAGGGUGCGGUUGUGGAGGAGGAGGGGAGGGGGGUUUGUAAGUGACGCAUGAGAGGAGAGGAGAAGCCUUGGAUGGGAGGGUCGGGGACGGAGAGCAUCACGGCAUGUUCCGCCAGGGCAACAAGCGCCACCACCGCGGCUGGCUUGCAGCAGCGCCCUGCUGCGAGGCAGAAGCUGUUCGCGGAGAGGGUGACGCACAAUAGCAUGCCCGCGGCGCUGGUGGCCAGCACCAGCGAGCGCACGGCGGAGCUCGUGCAGAGGCGGAAGGGGACGGCGGGAGUCGCUAGCGUGGCGAAAGCAAUGACGCCUGUUUCGGAGUUUGGGUUUCACACGCUCGUCCCUAGCGAAGCUGAAUUUCGGGAGGUGUUUGGUCUUAUGACGAGGGUGGAGGUGGAGGAGGUGAAGGAGAAAAAAAAGUCGAAGAGAGUCUUCUUCAAAGGAUUCAAGUUGAAAGUGGGAAAUGCUUCGUUGAGAAGGUUAAUAAGUGGAGCUGUUGCGGGCGCCGUGUCAAGAACCGCAGUGGCGCCUUUGGAGACAAUUCGCACUCAUCUUAUGGUUGGGACUGGUGGUAAAAAUUCUGUAGUUGAUAUGUUUCAUACGAUCAUGGAAAGGGAUGGCUGGCAAGGACUGUUUCGAGGGAAUGGAGUCAACGUGCUGCGAGUGGCUCCAAGCAAAGCAAUUGAGCUCCUCGUCUAUGACUCAGUGAAGACUUUUCUGACGCCUAAAAAUGGUGCACCAUCGUAUAUUCCUGUCCCUCCCUCAACAAUUGCUGGAGCAACGGCUGGUAUAUGUUCCACAGUGACUAUGUACCCGCUUGAGCUGCUCAAGACUCGGUUGACUGUUGAGCAUGGUAUGUAUAACAACCUGCUACACGCAUUUGUCAAGAUUGUGAGUGAAGAAGGUCCUUUGGAGCUAUACAGAGGCCUACUUCCGAGUCUCAUUGGUGUGAUUCCAUAUGCAGCGAUGAACUACUGCUCUUAUGACACAUUGAGAAAGACGUACAGGAAAUUGACGAAGAAAGAACACAUUGGAAACCUAGAGACUCUUUUGAUGGGAUCUAUCGCAGGAGCCGUGGCCAGUACAGCGUCAUUCCCAUUAGAAGUCGCACGGAAACAGAUGCAGGUCGGAAAUAUAGGUGGGCGACAGGUAUACAAUAAUGUAUUUCAUGCGUUAUCUAGUAUUGUGAAGGAGCAAGGCCCUGGAGGCCUUUACCGUGGUCUUGGUCCUAGCUGCAUAAAAAUCAUUCCAGCUGCGGGUAUAUCAUUUAUGUGUUACGAAGCUUGCAAGCGAGUUUUAGUAGACGAGCAGGAGCAGGAUAAAUCGAAGGAUACAGAAGAGAGCAAAUUGGUUACUGAGGUCAAAAGAUAAUGCACUAGCACAUGCAUUCCGAUGGACACAUGCAACGCUGUGGACCGUCACUGGCUGACAACGCUCGGAGCGGUAGAAGUUUCCAGUAUUUUUGCAUACAAAAGACACGUUACUUGUUAAAACCAAGUAUUUAAUGUGAUGGGUGAUGAAAGAGCCAUCAUUGCGGCGAAUCACUACCUGUACCGAGCUCAAGUUUGGUGUUUGGUAGGACGUACAUAUUGGUGGUACUUCAAUUGAGCGAAUGAAGAAAUUAAGCUUCACGUCGUUUUUUUCAAAGUCAUGGUAUCAGGUCGGCUUCUCCUAAUUAGGUUGGGAUCAUAUCGUGGACAGCGUGUGUUCCAAGUUCUAAAAUUGACAGCCUGGAGCUGAGGGACUGCAUAAAGCUGGAUGGCUCUUGAAGAGGUAAGGUAGUUCUUGGAAGCCGAAGCUGAAUUUUUAGAGAUACAUGUUAAUUUUCUACAGCUGGAAGGUUGGAUAUGAAGUUCAUUCAGGACUCGCGAUGUGUUCACACCAAGGUCCAUUGUACACGAGUAUCAUGGCGCUAGGCUAACUACUCGUAAAAUUUUGGCACAGUAGUUCUGAGUGUUGAUGAGUGUUGCUCUAAGAGUGUAGCUUCUUGGGGCGUUUUUUUCUUAGUUCACUGGAAACUUACUCCUGAAAGAGAAGAGGGAUAUGUCCUCAUUUGGCCAGACUUGGUCGCUCAAGCUGAUCUCAUACUUUUGUUCCUUGUAUAUGUACCAUGACAUACUAGACUCCUAUUCAUAGUUUGAAGAAUUGUUCUCAACUCGUUGGAUCGUAGUGUAAUAGUUGAUCAGAUAGAAUUCCUACUAUUUUGCUUCUGGCCUAUUAUAGAGAGGUCUCAUCUAUUUCUAGCUAUAUUUUGGUACUCAUGUGUAUUGCUUUGUGUAGGAGUGCACGUAACCGGGAUUCCGGUCCAUUGGCAUCAUUUUGUUUUCAUAAUUAGUCACUGUAGACUUAGAAACUACUGUUACUGUUCCUUGGAAUAAGCUGUUAGCAGUAUGAAGUAGAUUUCUACGUGCAGUACGAUGCAUGGUCUGAAACGAGACCUGAGGAAACCCCUUGGUACUAAUCCACGUUCAACUUAAUCAUUGUUAACAGUA